AUGAGAAUGGUCAAUGUUAAGACUGAAAUGAGAAAGUUAGCUGAAGAUGAUGCUUCUAAUGAUCAACCCGAAGACGUUGGAUCAGAAAAUGACGAAGAAGGAAAGGUUAGUUACGAAACAAUUAACAAAGUCAAGAAGCACGAAGAUUAUUUAUCCCUUACAAUUGACAUGCCAUUAUUAUUUGGAUUUGCCCUUAUUGAAAAACGACGUCAAUUUGAAUGGUCUGAUUUCUAUUCCAAGGGGAUAAUAAACAACGCAAGUGAACAAUUCUCUACAAUAAUUGAACAUGAAAAGCUAUUUCGAGGAAUUUGGUGGAAAAAAUUUGGGACAUUUUUAUCAUUGAUUGAUAACGAACCAGUGGCAACAACAUUACCACAUAUCGAUGUCACUCUUGUUUCAAACAAACAAGAUAGUUUUAGUAUAUUACACGAUUUGCCAAUUGAAAGGGAUGAUAUUAUCAAAUAUAUUUCGAUAGUGGAGUCCUCUCGAGUGUCCAAGAAUUUUGUUGAAUUAUUAAACAAAAAUUUUAAAGAUUUGAUUAAUUGUACUAACAAUAUGAAAAAAGUAACAAGGAUAAUUUCAUCGUUAAGUACAUUCACAUCGUUUACGGAUAAUGACAAACUGAAGCAUUUAGCUGAUGAGGAAACUACUGAUGAAGUAAUUGAUUUUGAUUUGAAUCUCAUAAAGGGGUUGAAAUCACGUAUUAAGAAGCUUGAGAAUUUGUUACAUCAACAGCAGUAUAGGAAUUUGAAUAAUUGGCCAGUUAUUCGAAAUGGAUCUAGCGUUUCUAUGGAUAACAAGAUGAGUAUGAUUAUCCAACCAAAAGCUGUUACACCACCAAGAACAGAUCCAACUCAAUUGUUGCUGCGUCGUGCAUCCACUAAGGAGGCCGCCACCACUACAGGUGCUGGUGCUGGUGCUAGUACAAUUAAACAAUCACAAACGUUAGAUUCUUCUGUCAUCGACAAACACCUUGACAAUAUUCGACUCAAGAGAUCAAACAACGAAUUGCAAUUAAAAAAUGAAGAGUUAUACGAACAAGUUAAAUCCAAAGAUGAGAAAAUUGGUCAACUUGAAAAAGAGAUCGAACUGAUGAAAAUAGAACAUCAAAAGAAAAUUGAUGAGUUAAUGAAACAACUAAAUGAUAAAGAUGAAGAAUUCCGAGUUUUCAAAUUGGAGAAUAAAAUGGAUCACAAAGAAGUUGAAUCACUUAACAAGAAGUUGGCGACUAGGGAUAGUCGAAUUAGUGAAUUGGAAUCCAAGAUUAGUCAUUUUACUGAUUUGACCACAACAUCAUCCAAAGAAGUUUCUGAAUUGAAUAAAACCAUCACCAGUUUACGUAAUGAAUUGAAUGAUGCUAUACAUAUGAAGAAUGACUUAUUAUCCAACUUGUCUUCUAAAGAAGCCGAAUUCACCAAAGAACGUAACCAAUUUACUAGUGAUAUGAAGAACAUGCAAACCAAAUUGGAUGAAGUUAGUGAAGAUUAUGAGAAUUUAAUGGAAUUAACUCAAACCAAACAAAAGAGACAUGAUUUGUUGAUCAAUGACUUGAAUAACGUGAUUAUAAACCUUAUGAAUGAUAUUAAACGAGUAAUCCAAGAGAUUUUCCAAUACUUUUUGGAGUACUGUUUUGUAUUGGAGUCCAUGGGGUUGUUGUUGGUUAAAGAAGACAGUAUAUAUAAGAUUAAACGUGUUAAGGGAUUAAAAUCAAAGAGAAGCUCAAGCUUAGGUGAAGAAGACAUUCUGGUUAUGCUGCUUGAUGUUCCAAAUUCUAAUGUUAUUGAAGAUAUCGAAAAGGAGAUGAGUUGGGUAGGCGGUAUUCCACCAUUGAGUUCAAUAUUGCCUGAUAGUUAUUCUUCUGGGAAUGAAAGUGAUUCUGUUGUCGACAGAUAUAAUGAUCAAUCAUUGAAAUUAAUUCAAGUAUUUAAUGAUUUGUUUAAAUUCGAUUCUGAACAGGGAAACAAGUUUGACAAAUUUUUAACCACAAUGGCAUUUAAAUCCAAUGUUCAAUUACAAGAGGAUAGUAGUAAUACAACAAGGUUUUUCUUGAAUGCGAUUUCUAAAAGGUUCCGUGAUGUUGAAGGAUUUGCCAAACGUCAAACUAAGGAGAACAAAGUUAAAGAACAAGAAAUGAAGAAAUUGAUGCAUAAAUUCAAUAAUAAAAUCACCUUGAAUGGAUUUCAAGAAAAUGAUUUAGUUUUAUUUUUACCAACAAGAAUAGAUCGACCAGAUAAUGAAAUGGAUCAUGAAGAUGAGAAAUUCCAACCAUGGGCAGCAUUUAAUAUUGGAGCACCUCAUUAUUUUUUGAAAACUAAUGAAAUUAUUGGUAAAGAUUGGUUUAUUGGUAGAGUUCGAAAAAUUCUUGAAUAUCAAGUAACCGAAGAGAAUUUUUCAAAUUUGGAUAUUAAUCCAUUUCAAUUAAGUGUUGGAGUUACUUGGUUUAUGAUUGAAGCUGAUGAGGAGAAGACAUGA